UAACACUGAAAUCUAUUAUUUCUUUGCAAAUUUCAUUAACUUUCAGAUAUGUGUGAUGGAUCGCCGCCACCUGUUAGGAACUUUACGACAGUCACGUUGUUCACGGACCUUAAGACAUGGAAUGAAGCGGCUCGGAUCUGUGAAGAUCAGGGUGGGAAAAUAUUGGACAUAACAUACUUUUCUUUGUUCAGCAUUAUGUUAUCAUUCGCUUCCGUGUCACCCUGGAAAGAUCUACCUAUUGGAAAUGGUCCUGUUACAUGGAUAGGCCUGCACAGACGUACAACUCUUCUGGGAGACAUGUACUAUAGCCAUGACUGCGAAAGGUUGUCAGAUUUCAAAGUGGCAUACUGGAACACCAAUAGUCCCUACACAGAAAUGGACGGCGACGUGACAUCUUACUGUGUCUACCACCAAAUACUCGUGUCAGCUUCAGAUAAAAGUACCACGUACACACAUGACUAUACACGAGCAAGUUGUGACGAACAACAUCAGUUCUACUGUAUGUCAGAAAACGGGUCAUGCAUUUUCGAAGAAAUAGAUGGUUAUUAUGGAGAUUCGAGUCGGGACUUUACUCCAGAUAAUGACGUAAUUUAUCCGUACGAGUCAGACGAUAAAUGUGCAGACUUAUGUUUGAAUUCCUGGAGCGUUUUUACGCAUCCGGAUAUUCAUGUUGUUGAAGAAUGUUGGGGUUUCUCUACUUCCGGUACAGAAUGCCGUCUACACAAUGUUUUAAAGCCGUAUUACCUGGAUAUAACAUUGAACAGAAUUGCUUUAGCGACUAGAAAACUUUUCAUCAAGCGAUGCUUUGCAAGCGCUGUAAACAACAACGUAUUUGACGUUCCAUCUGAUUCUUCAAUCAAACCAAACACUACUUGUGGUAUACCUGUCAUGGGGAAUAGUACAGUUAAGUCAUUGCAAGUAUUUGUUUACCGAGGCUUGUGGACAUGGAACGAAGCAUUUACCACGUGCAAUCAGAGUGGACUCGAACUACUCCAAAUCCGCCAGCAAGAUGAUUAUUCAGCCAUCCAACAAUUAAUAAACAAAUAUGCUGAGUUACAAAGCAUGGAUUACAUAUGGCUAGGACUUCACGAGCCGGAUCCUGUAAACCACACAGACGUAAGGGUUUGGGCAGACUGUGGAGCCACUGUGAGCUCCAACUGGGAUCCAGCCUCUCCUCCUUCGUUAAACAUUACCGACACAUCGUUAUGUGUAGUCCUUGAUACAAGUUCAAACUACUGGUACACAACCAGGUGUAACGAACAACACUUCUUUAUAUGCAGUGGGGAAUAUGGUGUAAAUCAUAGUUACACAACUGGCAGGGAAUACAGUACUGAUGCGGAAUUUUCUCUUGGUCCGUACAACGUUACAGAACAAUCUUGUAAAGACAUGUGCUCCACACUAACAUAUGAGGACCACGAAUGCUGGGGAUAUGCGGUAUUAAUAGCUGAUACCGAUGCCCCGACGGAAUGCUUUCUUCAUUUUGGCAACGUCACUUAUUCAAGCACUGAAUCUUACAUACAGUAUACUAAACUGAUAUGGUCUGAUACAGUUUUACACAGAGUUGGUGAGGCUGAUAAUAGUUUGAUCCCAAAAUCGUGCUGUGAUGUGUCUGGCAUGAAGUCCGAGUGUCUUGUUAACAAUGUUCCCGUGUAUAGCGAGUCUGUACCGACGGCAAAAAAGUUGAAUUUGUUACUAUAUACACAGUAUGUCACUUGGAACGAAGCGUCGUCGGUAUGUAAUGGUGUCGGAGGUACACUUUUACAACCCAAUGAUGCCUCAAAGCGAUUUAUGCUUCAGCGUUACGUAGAUACCUGGAUAACAAAUGGGUCUCUAUCUGGAGACCUAUGGAUCGGACUCUCUCAGCUACACCUGGACGACCCUUGCUCACUGCGCUGGACUUCAGAUUGUUCCCGCCCAGCCUUUACAGAUUUUAUCAACGUAUCUUACACGGAAUUACGCACGACCUACUGCACAGCGAUCAAUAGCGAUAUCAAGUUUGUCAAAAAGUCAUGCGAUGAAAAACUACAAUUUGUUUGUGAAAUUUAUGCAGGUAACUGUGAUAUCCUUGAUGUUGUGUCCGAAAUAAACUGUAUUCUUGGUCCACUUGGCGCCUCCCUCACCGUUCCUAGAUCCACGUGUUUAUCUGAUUGCCGAGUUAUGACAUACAACAACAUGGAGUGUUGGGCAGUUGUAAUGACUGGUCCAAAUACAUGUGACCUCAUAUUCCAUAUAGAUCCAGAAUAUUGUAAGGAAAACUAUAUAUCAAAGAGGCAAUAUCACGCCGUUUUCAAAACAUGCUACACCGCGUCAGUUUCGGAAUUGGCUCCAGUCGUACAUAUGGAUACCAGUAUAUUUCCAAAGACAUCCUGUUUCGAUUUGAUCCCUGCUGAGCUAAAUGAAGCGGUGUGUGCCAUAACACUAAGAACUACAACCGCAUCAUCUACAACAUUGCCAGUCCAACCUUCGUCUGUGUCACAAUCAUCAACUGCGAUCCCACCAUUUAGAACGCUUCCAGUCCAGUCAUCGUCUGUGUCACUAUCAUCAACCGCAAUCCCACCAUUUAGAACGCUACCAGUCCAGUCAUCGUCUGUGUCACAAUCAUCAACCGCGAUUUCACCAUUUAGAACGCUUCCAGUCCAGUCAUCGUCGGUGUCACAAUCAUCAACCGCGAUCCCGCCAUUUAGAACGCUUCCAGUCCAGUCAUCGUCGGUGUCACAAUCAUCAACCGCGAUCCCGCCAUUUAGAACGCUUCCAGUCCAGUCAUCGUCUGUGUUACAAUCAUCAACCACGAUCCCACCAUUUAGAACGCUUCCAGUCCAGUCAUCGUCUGUGUCACAAUCAUCAACCGCGAUUCCACCAUUUAGAACGCUUUCAGUCCAGUCAUCGUCUGUGUCACAAUCAUCAACUGCGAUCCCACCAUUUAGAACGCUUCCAGUCCAGUCAUCGUCUGUGUCACAAUCAUCAACCGCAAUCCCAGAAUUUAGAACGCUUCCAGUCAUGUCAUCGUCGAUGUCACAGUCAUCAACCGCAAUCCCACCAUUUAGAACGCUUCCAGUCCAGUCAUCGUCGGUGUCACAGUCAUCAACCGCAAUCCCACCAUUUAGAACGUUUCCAGUCCAGUCAUCGUCGGUGUCACAGUCAUCAACGUCAACAACACAAGCAACAACUGAGACUAAAGUGUUCGUGACAAAUGUCUCUGUUUCUUUCACUCCAACAUCUACAUCAUCAAUGACUUCUACGUAUGCAGUAUCCUCGACACAAUUAUACACAUUAACAACAGAAACUGUAUUCAAUGUUACACGUGCAGACACCGUAACUACACAAAAUUCCCUGCCGACAACAGCAAAACUGGCUUCAAAUUUUACAAGCUCUUCAGUAAAACCUAUUUACAUUAGUCCAUGUUUGUGUUAUACUCGCAACAGACCAAACGUGACAAUGGAAGAGUGGCAAGAAUUGUUUGUUUUGACAAACACGGUAUCUAAACAAAACACGUCUCGAUACAAAAGAAAGCUAUCUAGUGUCAAAGAUCAACGGACAUCUGCACUGACCAUUGGCAUAACUGCAUUGUCCGUUUUAAUAGCACUACUUUUGUACAUUAUUACAACAGAUAUAUCACGUAUUUCAAAAAGUGUAUCAUAUAUACAUGGAAUCAAUUCAAAGAAAAAACAAACGACCAGAAAGCAUGAACCACAUAUUGUUAAAGCCAAAACUGUAAAGGUUACAGUAUGAGAAAUUGUGAAUCACUGAGCGGUAAUAAUAG